GGAGAGUGCAUCCGAAAGGAGGAAGAAAACUCGGGAACGCCACUGCGUCCGUCCUUGAACGAAUACGAUAGUUUCCUGCUUGUUAGCAUAGCGUUCCCUUCGGAGAACCAUUCUGUGCUGAAAGAGGUUUUCUGAUUGGUCGCGGUCUUCAUUACGUGUGCGACGGGGUGAUUGAGAGUGCGCUUUUACGCGGGCUCACUGAGCGUGGUGAUCAGAAGUGCACUUGCGUUCGGCGCGCCGAGCAAACAAGCGCUCAGUUUGUUCGCGCAGUCUCUCCGCCUGCCUCGGCAUUUCUACCGACGGCCGCGGAUCGCCCACUGCUUCGAAGAUGAGCAACACGACAGAGCCGCUCUACGCCGACUUCCUGAGCGUGUACUUGCACCUGCCUCAGGACCCGCGGACGAAGGACUGGAUAAUGGUGAAGUACCCUUCCAUCGUGCUCUGGAGCGUCGGUCUCUAUCUCUACUUCGUCAAGGUGUGGGGUCCGCGUUAUAUGAAGGGUCGUGAACCGUUCAGCCUGCGCUACAUUAUUCUACUGUACAACGCCUUCAUGGUCACGUGCAGCGCGUGGUUCCUGGUCACAAUCCUGCGGCUAACGUACGUCGGCGGCGGCUACAGUGUUUUCUGCCAGGGUCUAGACUUUUCCACCGCCCCUAAAGCCUUGGAGUUGCUCGAAGUGUACUGGUGGCUGCGCAUCCUGCGGUUGCUCGACUUUUUGGACACGAUAUUCUUCGUGCUCCGCAAGAAGUUCAACCAGGUGUCGACGCUACACGUCGUCCACCACUCGCUGGUCGUGCUCGACUGCUGGUUUUGGACCCGGAUCGGCACCGACGGACACAUCUCUUUCAUGAUCGCGCUCAACACGUUCGUGCACGUGGUGAUGUACACCUACUACUUCCUCUCGUCCAUCGGACCGAAGGCGCAGAAGUACCUCUGGUGGAAGCGUUACCUGACCCAGCUGCAGAUCACGCAGUUCAUUGUGGCCAUGGUGCACGGAUCAAUACCUCUCUUCUACGACUGUGGAUACCCGAAACUGUACGUGUACCUUGCCAUGCCUCAGGGAGCUUUGUUCCUCUACCUGUUCUUCGAGUUUUACUUCAAGGUCUACAUUCACAAAUCCAGGAAAGGCUUCCAGACGGUCUGCAACGCGCAGGGAGGUUUGCACUUGUCCGAGUCUAAGACAACCAAAGUUCAGUAGGACUUCUUGAAGGAGGUCACUAGUAGUGAAUUCAUUAUCAUUGCCUUCCUUUUCUUCAAGACGAAGUGCAGCAAGUUAUGGCAUAGAAAUUGAGCGGAAAAGAAAUGCCGCCUUCAUCCAUGAGUGCGCUGUAGUGAUGACCGUUGGAAAAGCACGACGAGCUUUAACUAAACCUCCUAAUGAGCUGCUCACAUCGCAGUCGGUCUGAGCUGACUAUCUGCGUUGCGAAUAAGCGAGAAACCGAGAGGUUACAUUGUUGCAUUGUUUGUGUCAAGUGAUGGUGGGAGAAUGUCUCCGCCGUCGUCUUGAACUGAACUUGUCGUUUCAUUUCACUCUCCGGCAAUUUUUUUAUCUCGUGUCACAUUUUGCAUUCAGUCUGUGCUGUGUCGCGUUGAUGUCGUACAACAUCGUAUCUAUGAUGCCAUAAGUGUUGAAAUGUUGCGAGUGUUAUGUAGUAAAAAAAAGAGAAGGAAACAAUAAAUGCAU